AUGACCGGCCGUCAAGGAACUCCUCGUCCACCUACUUCAACCUUCAUUGAGCUUCGUCCUCGCACUCGCCAUACUAUCUCCGUUCCUCCUCUUUCAUUAGCAAGCACUGUAACGGAUUCUCUGAAAAUAAUCGGUAUACCGGUCGUCCCAGCUCCUCAUUCUCAUACUUCAAACGCUCAAGCUCAAGCUCCACUUCCACUUCCGCGACCACCCACUCCCACCAGAGCAAAAUCUGCAAUAACCACCAUGCGCACAAUCCAAAAGUCAUCAGAUCCAUCUUUCAUAUGUACAAUCUGCUGGUCUCCACACCAUGCACCUUCCAAACCGCGUGUUCUGGGUCGUUCAUCUAGAAUCGUAUGUCAUCAGUGUUGGAGAGCUGUGCUGGAUUUAAGUAUAUGCUGGGUUUGUGGAGAAUGUAUUGUGAGAGGCGAUGAGGUAGUUAGUUUGGGAUGGUGUUUUUGGCAUCGUGGAUGUUUUGGUUGUUUGCUUUGUGGAGUGAGGUUGGGAGAGGCGUUUUUGAGGGAUUGUGAGAGUGAGAGUGAGAGGGGGGUUGAAUUUGGGGAUGGAAAUAGGAAUGGGAAUGGUAGUGAGACUGGAGAUGGGAGUGCAAGGAAAGGCACAGAGUUGGAUAAAAUUCCCCUCUGUGAGUGCUGUGAAACAGAGACGAAGAUUAAGGGGUAUGGAGAGAAGAAGGUGUUGGAGAGGGGAUUGGAAAAUGUGACGAAAUCUGAUGGUGGCUUGACGAGAUCUAGAUUGGAGAAGUUGGAUGAGGAUAAAGGGUUAGGUGGGAAGAAGGAUGUUGUGGUGGGAUUGGACGGGGAGGAAAUGGUACCUUCUACGCCGUCUUCAUCUUCUAGUAUCUCACCGAUGGACACGAAGAUGAAAUCAACGAGAUCCACCAUGAUGAAUGAAAGGAAGAUUAGGAAAUUGAUAAGAGAGUCUUCGACUCCACAGGAAGAAAUUGCACUUCUCAGCGACGCCUCAAAAAUGGGCGUAUCCGAAGAUGGAAAUCCAGAAGACUCCACUCAUUCCCAUAGCGACAGCGAACCUGCAAAUUUCGGGCAAUGCGAAUUAUCCAAUUCGUCUAGUUCAUCAAAUCUCUCUAGUCCCUCUACUGCUUCUAAUAUCUACGUCUCCAUCUAUGAUCCUGCUGGUCGAGCAUUCGUUCCUAGUAAAACGAAACCGCUUCCAAAAUGGAUGUCAUUGCUUCCCAAUAAUGUACAUCGCGAACGCGAAGAUUCGCAUGGUGAUUUUUGUGAGAGGAAUGUAGGGACGAUGGUGUCGAGAGCUACACUCCCUGAUGCGUAUGCAGAUGGUGCUUCGUCUAGUCAUUCGGAGGAUUGCCCUGGGGGUCAUGGUCCCUUGACGCCGUGUCCGACGGAGGAGGAGAGUAAGGGAGGUACUAGCAGUGGGAUUUCGGGGGAUGUAACGCCUACAGAUCAAACCCCUAACAGCCAGUGCGCCAAGUCCACCUCUGAUAGCACAUCAACCAGCACCCGCCGACCAUCUGUAUCAACACUCUCUUCGCUCAAUAUUCCCAGUCCCCAACAAAGAUCCCCCAAGACCACACGUCCCCGCUCCGUUUCUAUUGAAGAAAAACUUCCCCGUCCAAAUCAACAUCCUGCAUCCGCAUAUCGUCGUGCCAACCGCUCUAGCACUAUUGAAUCUGCACUUAACAAACCCGGCGAUUUCAUACAAACGGCACAGUAUCCCGAUCAUGCACCAAAAGACAUCUCAGAGAGACCUCUAACACCCUAUCCCAAAGAAGAUGAUCCAUUCCAAGCCAGUCCCUUCAAUACAAACAAUACUCACCCUAGAGCACAAGUACCCAGUCUCUUAACCUCUCCACUGAGUAAUUUCAUCACACCGCGAAAAGGAUCAUGUUGUGGGCUUAGCACGAGUUUAGAAUCUGCAUCGGUAGGCGAACUAAAGAGGAGAGAACGCGGAGAAUCGUCUUUUGAUUCUACGUUUGAGAGUUUUCCUCGACCCGAAAUCGGAAAGAGUAAUAGUAAUUAUGCGACGAGUUUGAGGAUGAGUCCCACGUUGGGGUUUUUGGAUAGGGGCUCAGAGUAUUUGGAGAGGUAUGUACCUGGGGUUAUUUUGCCAGGUGGGAGUGCGAAGGAGAAAGAGGGGGAGAGGGAGAGGGAUAAAGAGAAGGAGGGAAUUGUGGAGAGGCUUCGGAGGCAGCGGGUUGGGACUGUUAGUUUAGGACAAGUAGCCCAAAACGUCAAAGACAAAAAAGAAAAAAAACGAACAGAAACUCAUAAUCAAACAGAAUGGAACUGGACAGAUCAUGAAGCGAAAAAUACAAAUGUGGAAGAAGGGAAUAAUACACAAAUGAAUAGCAGGACCAGCUCGAGAAGAAAUCGAGGAGUUACUGGUGAAGAAGAGAAAAGUCAUUUGUCGAGAAGUGGGAGUAAGAGGAGUUUGAGGAAGGGGAGAGGUAGUGAAGAGAGGGGACAGAGUUCUAGGACGGGUAGUAGGACGGGCAGUAAAAAAAGCAAAGAAAAAGAAAGGGAAAAAUUGGAAAGAAGAGAUGUCAAGGGGAAAGGAAAGGAGAUAGAGAAGGAAAUCGUAGUAGAAGAGGAUAUUGAACAGCCGGAAGAAGAAACAGGGGAAAAUGGGACUAGGAAGAAACUGAAAAGGGAAUUGAAGGGAUUAUUUGGUGAAGAGUAA